GCCACAGCUUUAGAGGGACUGAAGAAAGUUAAAGUCAUCCACAGUGACAUCAAAACAAACAACAUUAUGGUGGUGAAUCAAAAGAUAAAACCAUUGCAGGUCAAGCUGAUUGACUUUGGCUUGGCUCUCCACAGCAACCAAACUAGUCAAACCAUCAAUCAAUGUCUUUUUUACAAAGCUCCUGAACUCAUUCUCGGGCUCCCAUACUCUACAGCUUUGGACAUCUGGUCACUGGGGUGUGUAAUGGGAAAGAUGCUUUUAAACUGUGUACUUUUCCCGGGGACUAGUGAUUAUGAAAAUCUGUGCUACUUCACUGAUGUUCUGGGACCAGCACCAGACUAUCUUGUUGACGCCUGCAACAAAUCAAAAGGGUUUUUUAAAAAGUCAAACUCUAACCAGUGGAUACUGAAGUCACCUGUGGAAUACUGGGGAGAGGAACACCAUAAACACAAAAGGUGCUUCAACUUUCGUUUUUUGCAUCAAGCUAAAAUGAGUCACCUGAAGUAUGAAAAACUGGCUGCAACAGAGGAGAGGAAGGAAUGCAUAGCGCUGAUUAAGGCAAUGCUUCAGUGGGAUGCAAAGGAGAGGAUUACUCCCAAAGGCAUCCUGAGACAUUCCUUUAUUGUCAGGAAAAGCGACAGUCCUUGCAGCCCUCUCCCUGAAUCUAACACUGCAUUCAAGCAGGAACCUUGCGCCAGCCAGGUCACGGCUCAUCCUAAAAUCGCAAGUCAAAAUAUGAAAGAUGUCAAAGGAAAGAGAAGAACAUAUGACAUUUCACAGCAGUCAAAAGAUUUAGACAAGAAACUGCCUCCACGGCCAAGCAUAAACCAGCCAUCUUGUGAACAGUUGAGCAAACCUUCACCUGUAGAAAACAGACUUCUCUCACAGAAGAUAGAUGGUAAGAGACCUGCAGCGAGCACAACUUUGGAGUCUACCAUCAAACAGGAAGAGCCGGACCCUUCUUCUAUUGUUGCAUCUACCAUAACUAGGGAAACCUGCAGCCAGAUCACUCAUCCUCAGAACAAAUCAAAACAGAAGAAUUUUUUUGAGAACAUAUGUCUUUGUUGGAGACAUGGCUAAAAGCUAAUACUGGUUGCUAUUUAAAAUGUGUGUGGUGAUAUUAAAAAGCUUAACUGAAAACAACAAUGUCCAGAUUUACUAAACCAACAGGAUGUGAGACAAAACACUGCUACAAACAGAAAUUGCCAGAUUAUUUUCAGUACUGAUAAUGUAAUCAAAUAGUGUAAAAGUAUUUAAAUC